AUGCCAGAAGUAAAUGCAUUUGCAAAAGAAGUUGCCCCAAUACCAGUUGUUAUCGUAUUGGCCAUUACUGGAAUAAAGGAUGCAUAUGAAGAUUUUUGCCGUUAUCGUGCGGAUAAAAAGGUCAACAAUGCGCUUUGCCAGGUGUAUUGCCCGAAUGAUCGCUGUUAUGUCAAAGACGAAUGGAGUCUUAUCAGGCCUGGAGAUUUUGUUCGUCUUCAUGCCAAUGAAGUGAUUCCAGCCGAUAUUCUCGUCUUGAGCAGUUCGGAUCUUUCUGGCAUUUGUCAUAUAGAAACCGCCAAUUUGGACGGGGAAAAUAACUUGAAACAGCGCGAAAUAGUCAAGAUAGCCUCACUUGAAGUAAGUUUCGUAUAA